GUUGUUAUCCUCUACAGUGCUCCCAGACGCGCUGCUGUGCAGACAGCGGACUCCUUUUAAACGCACUGAAACCUUUAAAAGCCUAAAACAUGCAAUUUUCACAGUGUAAAGGUUAGUGUGGGCAGAUCACUGCUGGACACCCUUGCUGUCCAGUACCCCGGGGUCGCGCUUUGUUUGCAGUGGAGACCCUCGUUUUCUUUUGCCAAAAAUCUCCAGAUAUAGGCUAUUGAAAAUGGAUCCUUUACAAAAUGGGAAUAAUUGUGAGGAGGACUGUGCUGAGGAGGAAGAAGAAGUGGAUCCAAGAAUCCAGGGAGAGCUGGAGAAGUUAAAUCAGUCCACAGAUGACAUUAACCGCUGGGAGAGCGAGCUGGAGGACUGUCGUCAGCGGUUUCGCGUGGUGCUGGUGGAAGCAACAGUGAAGCUUGACGAGCAAGUGAAGAGGAUCGGUCGGGCUGUGGACGACUCCAAACCCUACUGGGAAGCCCGCAAAGUAGCAAGACAGGCCCAGGUUGAAGCACAAAAGGCCACUCAGGAGUUCCAGCGGGCGGUGGAGAUCCUGCGUGCAGCCAAGGAGACCAUCGCCUUGGCCGAGGAGAGGCUGCUGGAGGAGGACAGCCGCCAGUUUGACUCUGCCUGGCAGGAAAUGCUCAACCAUGCCACACAGAGGGUGAUGGAGGCCGAGCAGGCGAGAACACGGAGCGAGGCUGAACACAGGAAAACGGCAUCCAAUUACAAUUCCUCCAUCAGCCACAUGAGGCAGUUAGAGAAGAAACUCAAACGCUCCAUCAACAAAUCUAGGCCUUAUUUUGAACUGAAAGCAAAGUAUUAUCUACAGCUAGAGCAACUGAAGCGUCAUGUGGAUGAGCGGCAGGCCAAACUUGUGGUCGCUAAGGCCGAGUACCGCGCAGCACUACGCAACCUAGAGAGCAUCUCCGAAGAGAUCCAUGCCCAGCGACGCUCCAUGGGAACCAGGGAGCAGGGCGUUGGUGCAGAGGGAGAUGGGGGAAAUGAGGACAUUAGCAACUUCAAGAUGGAGUCAGACGGUCUGUCAAUGGUGUCUGUAUCAAUUGACGAAGAGGGCAGUCACAGUAGCAGCUCUGAGGAGGAGGCCGACACUCAUGCCACCUCCUCAUCCCGAGCCAUGCCCGCCUCACCUUCCUCAUCUUCCUCUCAUCCUUCCACCUCUACCCCACUAGACACCCCCUGCCCUUACCCUUCCUCCUUGCUCUACACCUCAUGCUCCUACCUGUCCUCCUCUCCCUCUUCCUCCAUCCUCACCUCCUCCUGUCCCGGCGGCCUGGACUUAGCGAGCCCCUGUAGCUCUCAUGACCCAGACUCAGUUUGCAGUUCCGGGCAUGCCUCGCCUCUCCUGGGCCCUCGCAGCCAGUGCAGUGGAGCUUCCUCUCCAGACUGCGAGCAGGAGAGAGGUGACAGAGCAGAGGGAGCGGAGGCAACGCUAGAAGCCAGUUUGAACAAGCUAACCUUGACUGUAGCACAAAAGCAAGAAGAGGACACCGGGGAUGAACAAGACCCCCAUUACAUUAACCCUGAAAUUUCUUCUCCCGGUUCAGCUACUACCAUUCUGCUUCUCAACAGUGUCUAAUCAACGUCUAUCACACAUGAAACACUCACCGUGCCCAGCUUCAAGCCUCAAACUGAACUCUCAGAAGACAUGGGGCGGGGCAGGAUGAAGAGCACACGCUCCAACCAACCUGACAUCAUUGCUGCCUUCAAAUGGAACUUGUGAGCUUGUGGUUAUAACAUAGGAAUUCGUGUACACGACAUGCUUGGCAUUGAAAAACUCUAUAACUAAAAUUACAGUGUAUUAAUUUACCAUCUACUGAAAAAUGUAUUUCCAUGGCCUCUGCCAUUUCUGAAAACAUCAGUAAACACUUCAUGAAUACAACAGGAUAUGGACUCUUUCAGUGAAAACAGGAAACACAUUUGAAGGUAGCAUAGGUUUCUGUAUUAUCUAAACAUCAGAUGGUGUCAUAUUAAAAAUGGUGCAACAUGUAGUGUAUUUUAACAUCAUAACAUCAUUGUCAAAGAAAUUGUGAACCCAUGAGGAUGUAUUCAAAAUAAAUGAGCGUAGGGACAGGAGGGUUGGUCUCUGUUGGUAUUGUGCAAGCAUUAUUCAAAAAACUGCAUUUCCCAUAAACCUCUUUGCUUUCUGUUUCAACGAGGAUGCUUUACAGUGAGGUGUCAAAGUUUAACAUUGAUUGAUGUUAAUAUGCUACAGACACCAAUGUUUUGUAUUAAUGUGUACAGUGAGCCACUUUUUUUGGAUCUGAAUCUCCUAAUGAGGAACAAAAUGGGACAAAACAAACUGUUGAAUGUGUCAGUGUGCUGCCUUGAUUAUUGAGCUCCUCCUGUAACUCCUAAAAGUCAAUUUGAAAUGUAAGACGUAGAGACUAUUUUGGAGAAAAAGUAGUCAAGGAGGAAAGUGGAGUGCAAGCAGUACUCUCAGCACUAAACUAAAGAAGAGACUGUCUUCAGAAGGGACUGAACCUUUUGAGACACUAAUGGUCUUCCAUUUGUUUUUUCUGAAUGAUUGAGCGAAUGAUUUUUUGACUGUGUGUCUGUUGUGUUUUAGAGAAAUGCUCAAAUACUACCCCGUAGGACAGAUAUUCUAUAUUUAUACUCCUGUAUUCUUGUAAAUGAACAAUGUUUUGUGGUUACUAUUGUUAUUGUUUAACACAAAAUAAAAUAAGCACUAAACAUGU